AUGGAUCUAUCGUGCGGGACGCGGUACGAGCUGUACGGGGUGGCGCGGAACUCGGUGGGCUGGAGCGAGGAGAGCAAGAGCCUCGUCACCUCGACGAGGGGGGCGAAGCCGCGUCCGCCGAGGCUGGACGAUCACAGGAAUCUGUUGGCGGUCGACGGGACUUCGCUCACGCUGGAUCUGAGGGGAUGGGAGGACGAGGGAUGUCCGAUCGUGGCGUUCUCGGCGGAGUAUAAGCUUCGGGACGGGCAGUCGUCGUGGAUACUAGGUGGGUUGGGGUGGGAGGGGGAGGGAGGGGAGAGGCGAGGAGUGUCGAGGGUGGAUGGGCUGGGUGUAGUUCUUCCGAAGAAGCCGGUGGGGCCGCCGUUCGUGGUGGAGAAUCUCGCGUCGGGGAAGGAGUACUUGGUGCGUCUGACGGCUUUCACGGAGGCGGGGGACACCGAGGAGACGGUCUCCGUGCUCACUUCCCCUCGAGGCGGGGUGAUACGGGGGCGAGGCUCUCAGACGUCGAAUGGAGAUGGGGGUUUCGGUGGAGGGGAUUGGGGGAACGUUCGCGUGUUGGCUCCCAUCAUCGCCUCCGUAUUCGCCACCGUAGUCUCUCUCGCUUCCAUCCUCUUCUGCUGGAAGCACGGUAACGAGCGUCAUUCCAUCAAAACUCGGGCGGAACUCUUUCGCAUACGAAUGCUUAAUUAUACAGGUGGAGGGUGCAAGAGGAGGAGCGAAGGCAGUCCGCCUUCUCAGGGUGCAUCCGUGAAAAAGUACUCCACUGCCUCUAGGGACCAUCAAUUCGAGUAUGAAGAUGAGAUCAGCCCUUAUGCAACGUUCCCCAUCGUCCCCUGCCCUGCACAUUCCUAUCGCAAGAACUUGGCCGUUGCCAGCAGUCAGGGACCGGGUGUCAUCGGAAAUGAGUAUAAGCUUACACUGCAUUCAGUGAGGGCUUCGAUGAAAGACCCAGAUUCUUCAGACAGCGAUGAUUCUCGUUACAUUUACGAAGCUCCUGUUCAAGGGAAAGAGACGGGCGUGGACGAGACUCGACGACGGACUCCCGACGAGACAGCUGAGGAACAACAACAAAGGAGACGGACGACCGUGAUAGAAGCCAGGGGAGUGCAGCAGAGCCAGGGCAUCAUGGGGGCAUGUGCCCGUGCGCUGCGCAUCGCUCGGCCCGUGAGUCACGAGGAGUGUGGGCCUUCGCCCUUGGAACAUGAGAGGAGGAAGUGGACAUCUCCAGGCGUCCCUGGACUGGCCUUGGGGAUGGAUUCCCGUCACUCGGAGGUCACACCACCGAUCGAUCCUGUAUUUGCAGUCAAGGGCACGACCCAACGGUACUGCUAG